AUGUGCAUGGGAAGGGAUCUAGGUGGCGAUGCUCAAAACUUGGAGGUCUGGCUGAUGGACUCCCUGAAGGCCCUGUUUGACAAGCACUUGUCAAGAGCAGAACCAAAGUCCAGACCCAUGACUCACAUCAAGAGCUUGGGGCCCAUGGGCGACUCGGUCAUCGAUGUGGCUGGCAGGUAG